UCCGCAAUUUGCCGUCAGCGACACUCAUAACGCCGCCCUUGCUUCGUUCAUCUUCGCCAUUAGACUCAACUUCACAGCUAUCCCUCUCGCGACAUUGCUUCAUACCUGACCAGAACAAUACCAAGAGCCUUCAUUUCCUGAUCACUGCGUCGCUAUACUCCCUUUGUUUGGGAACUACACUUCCAAAAUCUUCAUGACCCGCCGCCAUGGCCGACUCAUCACCACCUAUCACCCCAACACCCAAGCGCAAGCGUGGGGUCGAAACUGCCAUCACGCCCAUCAAGUUCACAUUUGACGUCAACCGAGCAGAGGAUGGAGAUGGCAACAGCCCGCGAUCUAAAGUCGCCCAUAAGUUCCGUGGCCUCGAUCUUCAAGGAGAGAGUGGGGGCGGGGUAGGCGCAGCCAGUGUCGGGGACAACAAGGAUGACGCGGAUGCGCGCAAACGACAGCGAGGGGAUGAUGAGAUGGCAGAUGAAGGAGCUGUUCCAGCAGAAGAAGUCAGCUCAGGGGAGCAGACAAUACCAGAACCGGACCUUCCUCUUGAACCGCCCAGGUCCGUCGGCCUUGACGUGCCUGACGGAAGCCUGCAGCGAGCAUACCCUUCCAUCAACCGACUUUCAGAUUCACAAUCGCGGUCAAAACCCCGGCAGAGAAGGACCGGGACCCCGCCUCCAAGUUUGCGCAAGAAGCUGGCGGCGAAGAAGGGGGAGGGCACUGGCGAUGAGGAUGAAAUGGAAGUCGUCGAACCCAUACGAGCGGCAUUGACGUGGCGGGAAGAUGAAAUCACAAUCUACGACCCAGAGGACGACGAUGAUGAUGGCACGGGGAUCAACGGCGUGGGCUUCAGGCCGACGCCAGCGCUGGCCCAGGCUCGAAUCCAGAAGCGCAGGCAGCAAAUGGCAGACUACCGCAAACGCGAGGAGAACGAAGCCAGAGCCCGGCGAAUGCAGAGGCGAAGAGAACAGGUCAAGGGCGAAGAGGAAGCAUCCAAGGACAUCGCAAGAAGAGUACAGUUCAUGGAGGAAAGCAAUCGGUCUUACGACAUGGUCCAGCCCAGCUAACGGCAGCCUGUCGCUCAACUUCUCUUGCUGGCGUUCGGUUGUGUGGUUUUGUAUCGUCAGGAUUGCGGACGAAACGCUUGAAACUGCCUCUGGGCAACA